CUAGGAAACCGAUAGAUAGUGACUUGCACGAUUACGGUAUCUAAAAACAGCUCAACCGUCUUGGAGUGACUUCACAUCAUAGUCUCGCAAUUGUCAACCAUUGCUACUUGGCCCUCCAGUUCAAAGAAGCCCGAGACUCAAAAUAUCUGCUCACUGGAUGCCUUAUUGGCUUGGAUCGGCAUAAAAAAUGAGUUCGUUAGAUUCCAAAGUGGUCGAUAUCCACACCCACAUGUAUCCUCCUGCCUAUGUCGAACUUCUAGAGUCAAGAAAGACAAUACCUCUGAUCCGUCGGUUUGAGGGUGCCAAGGAUCCUCGGUAUAUUAUCCUACCAGCAGAGGCAGAGGCACUCGACAAGAUAACAGCCUCUGAUCCUAACACACUCCCUACAAACCUACCGGGCCGUCCCGUGACGACUCACUAUUCAUCACUGGCUCAGAAACUUCAUUUCAUGGACACGCACGGAAUCGAUAUUUCCGUCAUCUCACUUGCGAAUCCGUGGUUGGACUUCGUGCCUUCCGAAACGGCAGGAGAGACAGCAAAGUCAGUCAACAGCGCUUUUAGUGAGAUGUGUAGCACUGCACCGGGCCGACUGUUCUUCUUCGCCACGUUACCCCUGACCGCACCACCCGAGACCUUGCUCGCAGCCAUCGGACAUAUCAAAGGCCUCAAGUACUGCCGCGGCGUGAUAUUAGGCACCUCAGGCUUGGGAAAGGGGCUCGACGACGCAGCGCUGAUCCCCGUUUUCCGUGCCCUGGCCGCAAAUAAGUUGACCAUUUUCCUACACCCGCAUUAUGGCCUUCCAAGCGAGGUCUGGGGUCCACGCGCUACCGAGGAGUACGGACAUGUCCUCCCUCUUGCUUUGGGCUUCCCCAUGGAGACCACUAUCGCCGUUGCCCGGAUGUACCUGGCGGGGGUAUUCGAUGCUGUCCCGGACCUGCGCAUGUUGCUCGCUCACAGUGGUGGGACACUUCCUUUUCUAGCUGGGCGUAUUGAGAGUUGUAUUGUGCACGAUGGCCAUCUCGUGCGUGAGGGAAAGGUCAAAUCUACGCGCCGAACGAUAUGGCAGGUUUUAAAGGAGCAGGUAUACCUCGAUGCCGUCAUUUACUCAGACGUCGGGCUCAAGGCCGCCAUCGACGCGAGUGGUGUCGAUAGGCUUAUGUUUGGUACGGACCACCCGUUCUUCCCGCCACUGAAUAGCGAUGAGCAAGGCGAAUGGGAGAGCAUGACGUGGAAUAAGGAGGCAGUGAGCAAGGCCCUAGGCGCAGACAGUGAGGCUGCGAGGGCGGUCAUGGGUGGAAAUGCUGUCGAGGUCCUGAAACUCUAUGGAGAUGAUUAAGUGAACGAGCGAGAAAAAAAUUCGAAAUAACAUAAAUGAUUAUGAAA